AUGUGGGGAAGAGUUGCGAUUUGCAUUGGCUGCAUUGGGGUAGCCUUGCUAACCCUGCUGUCACCAUGGCAGCGCCGAUUUAGCUGGGCCCCUGCAGGAUCUGCUUUGGCCGAUUCCGGCAAUGCUACCCCUGCUGCGCAGACUGACACCAGACCACCGUGUCAAUUCUGUCCUCCCGUGGACGCGCUACAUGUAUGGAAGUCUUCCGACUUGUCCGUGAGAGCGGAUCUGGAAGUUCUUUGGCCUGCAAACGGCACUCUGGAAGUGAGCGUCGACAAGGAGGUUCAAGCGCUGGUAGUCGCUCAGUCAUUGAAGAGUCUCUAUGCGUCACCGUUUGUGUUCGCGUGGAUCCGCUCGUCUGACGACAGCCUCCUGGCAGCUGAAGCUGGCGUGCCUGUGCUGGUGAAGUUUGGGAGGCGUUCGAGAAUGAUUGAGAAGUGGCUUCUGAGCUUCAGCCUGAAGGAUCCCGGCCACUAUACUGUAACCUUCCUGGCGGUCGUUCCUUCGCCGGAAGCCAAUAUUUCUGAUCCCCGGGCCUUCAAGAUCCAACUUGUGGGCAGCCCACAGACGCUCAAGGUGUCCGAGGGUGGCGGAGGUGAUGGAGAAGCCACUGCUGUGAGAGAUCUUCCACUGCGCGCCUGCGAACUUGGGACUGACGAGCUGAUGGGCAGAUGGGUGCGAAGCCUCAGCGAUGGGAACAGCUCCUGUGGGUAUUUGGGCUGCCCUCGGGACGGUUGGACCUUCGUUUCUGAGAACUGCUAUUGGAAGGCCUACAAUCCGGAGGAGGCCCUUUCAAUCGCAGAAACUUUGCGUUUUUUGGAAAGAUCUUUUCGGUUUUGCUCACAAUACUGA